UCCUGAUUCGCGGCUCUCCGAUAAAGAUGAUACGCCGGCUCCGCCUGCUUCGGCGCUUCUCGCACCUCCAGAUUUCCCCUUCCGGCGCCGUCCUUCCGCUUACUGCUCGCCGCAAUCUCUACAGUGUCACCUCACCAGCCAGAAGACAGCAACGAGGCCAAAAACCAAAAUUUGUUCUCUCCCUUCAAUUGCAAAGGCGACGGGAGGAAUAUGGCUUCUGCACUAGAGCAAUGGAAACGGAGGAAGCCCAGUUGUUCUCGCCCUACUUAUGGGUCCGCAUUCGCUGCAGCAAAGAUGUCGCGGAUACACUUUCAGAAGCUCUUUUGUGUUUUGGUGCAAGUUCUGCAAGUAUAGAUGAGAGUAAUUCUAAAGAUUCUUGUGAGGUGAGUUCCUGACUUAUCUUUC